AUGGCGAAGAAACUGGCAAAUGCGAAAUUUGAGACUCUUCAGCUUCAUGCUGGUCAAUCUCCAGACCAAGGGACGAAUGCAUUAGGUGUUCCCAUUCACCCUACCAGCAGCUAUGUUUUCAACAGCACGGCGCAUGGUGCAGCUCUCUUCGGCUUGAAGGAGAAAGGGUUCGUCUAUAGCCGGAUGAUGAAUCCCACGAAUAGUGUCCUGGAGAAGCGAAUUGCGAAGCUGGAGGGAGGUGUCGCUGCUGUGGCAGCAUCUUCAGGCCACUCUGCCCAAUUUCUUGCCAUUGCCACCAUUGCAAAGGCUGGCGACAACAUUAUCGCAACAUCCUUCCUCUACGGUGGAACGAGCAACCAAUUUCGCAACUUCUUUCCCAAUCUGGGUAUCACAGUGAAGAUUGUCAACGGCGAUGAUCCAAAGGAAUUUGCCAAGUUGAUCGAUGAGAACACUAAGGCGCUAUAUAUCGAAAGUAUCGGCAAUCCACGAGCGAAUGUUCCAGACUUUAAAGCGUUUGCAAACUUGGCACACGAAAAUGACAUACCAUUGAUUGUUGACAACACAUUUGGUUGUGGCGGAUAUCUCAUACGCCCCAUUGAGCACGGCGCAGAUAUAGUAACCCAUUCUGGCACCAAGUGGAUUGGUGGCCAUGGGACGACUAUUGCGGGCCUCGUUGUUGACUCUGGCAAGUUUGACUGGAGCAAAAAUCCCAAAAAAUUUCCUGCCUUCAACGAACCAUCGCCUAACUACCAUGGACUAAAAAUAUACGAGACAUUCGGCCGCGCUUCUUUUGCGGUGCGCGCGCGAACCGAGAUCCUCCGUGACUUGGGAUGCGCACUCAAUCCCUUUGCUGCAUUUUUGCUACUUCAGGGCUUGGAGACCUUGUCGAUUCGAGUCGAGAGACAUGUUAGCAAUGCUCUUGCAUUGGCGAAAUGGCUAGAGGCCAAUGAUCAUGUGUCGUGGGUUUAUUAUGCCGGCCUCGAGAGUCAUCCGUCGCAUGAGCUUGCAAAGAGAUAUUUCAAGAGAGGAUUUGGAGGCGUAGUCUCAUUCGGCAUCAAGGGGGGAGCAGCUGCCGGAAUCAAAGUCUUGGAUAGUUUCCAACUUGUUAGCCACGUUGCCAAUGUGGGAGAUGCAAAGACGCUCGCCCUUCAUCCAUGGUCAACGACGCACGAGCAGCUGAAGCCGGAGGAAAAGAUCGCAAGUGGUGUUACAGAGGACCUGAUCCGAUGCUCAGUCGGCUUAGAGCAUAUCACAGAUAUCAUUGCCGAUUUCGAGCAAGCCUUUGCUGCAGUAGACCGUGAUGUGAAGAGCAAACUCUUCGAUUCAAGACGGUUUACCAUGUCAAACCAAACGCAGGAAAUCCAUCAGCCAGGAACCGCAGAUGGCUGGCACGGCAUCAUCAAGCCUGACGGCGAAUUCCAGCCCGAAGCGGGGCGGUAUCAUCUGUACAUUGGCUUGUUCUGUCCAUUUGCCCAUCGCGCCAAUCUCGUGCGCCACUUGAAAGGUCUGCAGGAUAUUAUCGACAUAUCGAUAGUUCGACCAUAUCCCAAGGGUGACGCGAAAGGGUGGCCAGGGUGGAAAUUCCCUGCAGACGAGCAUGAAUAUGAGGGCGCAACGGUCGACAAGCUCUACGGCAGCGAAUACUUGCACGAUGUCUAUUUCAGGGCUGACAAGGAUUACAAGGGGCGGUAUUCAGUGCCGCUGCUGUGGGAUAAGAAGACCAACACUGCUGUGAACAACGAAAGUCUUGAACUAUUGAGAUGGCUUCCUACCGCUUUCAAUUCCCUCAUCUCCCCCGAUCUAGCCAAACUCGAUUUGUACCCUGAGCAUCUCCGCCCUCAGAUCGACUCUAUUGGCGAAUGGAUGCAGAAGGACAUCAACAGUGGUGUCUACAAAGCCGGUUUUGCCGAUUCUCAGGAAACAUAUGAUAAGAACGUUGUCCCCGUGUUCGCUGCGCUGAACAAAAUCGAGCGUGUCAUCUAUGACAACGGCGGGCCUUUUGUCUUGGGGAAAGAACUGACAGAACUUGAUAUCCGACUAUUUGCCACUGUGAUUCGGUUCGACCCGGUGUAUGUCCAGCAUUUCAAAUGCAACCUGGGGACCAUAAGACAUGACUAUCCGGUGUUGAACAAUUGGCUGAUCCACCUCUAUUGGCGAGUGCCUGGGUUCAAGGAGACGACCGAUUUCACACAUAUAAAGGAGAAUUAUACCAAGAGCCACUAUGACAUCAACCCUAAGGCCAUCACGCCGAUGGGUCCGGUGCCGGAUGUUGAGGACUACGUGCCCAUUGAGUGGAAAGAUCUCAAAGUGGGAGGAGUGAAACUUCCAGCCGUGCUGGCAUAUGAAGCUAAAAUAUAA